UUGAUCAAAGAUACGCGUAUUCCCGUAUAUUCUUUCACGUUUUCGAGAAAGUUUAUUGAAAAGCAGCCAUUUCGCUUGGUUUUAUUUAAGGUCGCGAAGCAGGUGCUUCCGGUCCCUGUCAGAAAUCUCUGUGCAUAUACUUUCGGUUUAGUACAUUAUCUGUGGUUUCGGUUGUGUAAACUAAACGCAGCUAAAUGUUAAUUUAUGACGACCGCGCACGCGGGAAUAUUUUACGACAACGCCUACAGUUUCGCGAACAAUAACGCGACAUCGAGUAUAAUGCCGUUGGCUACUUUGACGGUUCCUUGGUCCGAACAACAUGUAAACGAGAAGCAAGCUGUAGAAAUCCUUCCAGCAGAGGCUCAGGAGGAAGCAAUGAUCACCCAAGGAAAUGUGGUUGAACCAUGUUCAAAUGGGUGUUCAGAGACUCAUGAGAUCGAAGUACGCGAAGUAUUACGAGACGGUCAUGAAAAAGCAGACCCAUCUCAAUUCGAGCUUCUCAAAGUUCUUGGUCAAGGUUCUUUCGGAAAGGUAUUCUUAGUGAGGAAAGUUGUUGGUAAAGAUAGCGGAACACUUUAUGCCAUGAAAGUUCUGAAAAAGGCUACGUUGAAAGUUCGGGACAGAGUCAGGACAAAAUUGGAAAGAAACAUAUUGGUGGAUGUUGAGCAUCCGUUCAUAGUUAGAUUACAUUAUGCAUUCCAAACAGAAGGCAAACUCUAUUUAAUUUUAGACUUUUUGAGGGGCGGUGAUUUAUUUUCAAGAUUAGCUAAGGAGGUAAUGUUUACCGAAGACGAUGUAAAGUUUUAUUUAGCCGAACUUGCUCUUGCGCUGGAUCAUAUACAUAAACUUGGAAUUAUUUAUAGAGAUCUCAAACCAGAAAAUAUUUUGCUGGAUACCGAGGGUCAUAUAUCUUUAACCGAUUUUGGUCUAAGUAAACAACCUUUAGACGAUUGUAAAGCGUAUUCAUUUUGCGGUACCGUAGAGUACAUGGCGCCCGAAAUUGUUAAUCGGAAAGGGCAUUCGUUCGCUGCCGAUUGGUGGAGUUUUGGUGUUCUUAUGUUUGAAAUGUUAACCGGAGCUCUACCAUUUCAAGGUGUGAAUCGUAAAGAAACGAUGACACAAAUAUUAAAGGCAAAACUUAGUAUGCCACUUAACAUCUCGCCAGAAGCACAGGCGCUUCUUAGAGUACUUUUUAAGAGAAACCCCGCAAAUAGACUCGGAUCUGGCGGAGUAGAAGAAAUCAAAAGUCACGUGUUCUUUGCAACAAUCGAUUGGGAUGCUCUGUAUAAUAAAGAAAUAAAACCUCCCUUUAAACCAGCCGUUAGUCAAGAAGAUGAUGCAUUUUAUUUUGAUAGUGAAUUUACAUGUAAAACGCCUAAAGAUUCUCCCGGUGUACCGCCAAGUGCUAACGCUCAUGAAUUGUUCCGCGGAUUUAGCUUUGUCGCACCGUGCCUUUUGGAGGAUCACCUUAAAACUCCAGAUUAUAAAAACUGUGAUAGCCUCAGUUCAACGUUUCCAACUUACGUGAGCCCUGUUUCCGUGACGGACGAAUAUGAAUUUAAACAAGAAAUUGGUAAAGGAAGCUACAGUACAGUUUACUUAGCUGUUCACAAGGCAUCUAAGAUAGAGUAUGCUGUAAAGAUGAUUGAGAAAUCGAAAAGAGAUCCAACAGAAGAAAUCGAAAUUUUGCUUCGGUAUGGAAGACAUCCGCAUAUUGUAACGUUAAGGGCUGUACACGAAGACGAUAAACGAGCUUAUCUGGUAUUGGAAUUGUUGCGAGGCGGGGAACUGCUCGAUCGUUUGUUGCAAAGACGUAGUCUUACAGAAAGAGAAGCUGCCGAAGUAAUGUACACGAUCGCGAGCGUGGUUCAUUAUUUACAUGAAAAUGGGGUCGUUCAUCGGGAUUUGAAGCCAUCCAAUAUAUUAUAUUCAAAACCAGGGGCUGAUCCAGCCACGCUUUGUCUUUGUGAUCUUGGUUUCGCGAAACAGUUACGCGCAGAAAAUGGUUUAUUGAUGACGCCUUGUUAUACAGCAAAUUUUGUGGCGCCCGAAGUAUUGAAACGUCAAGGAUAUGAUGCUGCUUGCGAUAUUUGGUCACUCGGUGUUUUAUUAUACAUUAUGCUAGCCGGAUACACUCCAUUUCGUAACAGUCCCGGAGACAGUGCGACAGAUAUAUUAGAUCGUAUUGGACCCGGCUAUAUCGACAUUGAAAGUGGCAUAUGGUGUCAAAUCUCGGUCGAAGCUAAAGAACUAGUGAAAAGAAUGUUACACGUAGAUCCUAAUCGAAGGCCUACUGCAGCUGCUGUUUUAAAGUAUCCGUGGAUUUCCAAUCGUCACCGUCUUCCACAGAAAGUAUUACCAUAUAGCAUUAGAGAUCCACACAGCCUAAAAAGAGCGGUCGCGGAAACGUACAGAGCAAUGUCUAGUAGUCCCAGAUCGCCGCACAUUGGCCCUGUCGUUAUGUCUGAACUGGCUCGCCGAAGAACACAAACUAAACCGUCUGGUCCUACCGAAGUUUAAAACUAAUCUUCCAUUCUAUAUUGAUGAAAAAUUGAGAGGAUGACUAAACUAAAUAAGGAUUUAAGUUCAAAUAAAUCUGCCACGCACACGUGUACGUUACGCUAAAGUAUAAGGGGAGGACAUUAAAUGUCACCACCGCGACUAUUAUUCUUACUACGUUGCUACUUCUACUACUAUUGUUAUUCUAACAUUUAUCGAGUGUGAGUGAGUAUAUAUAUAUUGAAUCGAUGAACAUAAUGUGAUAUUUAUUUAUACAUAUUUUAUGUUACACGUAUAUGCAUACAUCCGCAAAUGUAUGCAUUGCCAUAUUGAGAUUUAAAGUACCCUAAUCUUAACAACCAAAACAUAGUAAUUUAGAAUGAAAUA